UACGGAGCUCCCCUCCCAACUCCCAGCAGGUAGUAGGAUGUGGUGGGCGCCUUCCGCUGGACAUGGAUUCCGUUAUCCACCCAGCUCCUCCCUCCCUCCCUCGGUCCUCCCUCUCUCCCUUCCCUUGUAAUUCUCUGCACUCUUCUCCAGUUCUUCACUGCAAACCAUCGCCGCCUUCACCGCUCUCUUCUGCUUCCUUCCCUAAAACGCCCCCUCGGCUCUCCAGACCCAAACCUCGUUACCCUUCUUUAUCCGCUUCACCUGCCGAACUCCUUCCAAAUCCACCACCUCCCCUUUCCCCUUCACAUUCAGAGUCAGCGGAGUUUCUUGUUGAUGAUUAUUACAAUUUGCUCCACCUAUCGGUUCGGUACAAUGACGUUGAGCUCGUGGAAGCUGUCCACGCCUCGAUUCUCAAGCUUGAAGACGACACCCGUCUGGGAACUGCUCUCAUGGUGGCUUACCUCAAGCUGGGCAUGGUUGCCGAUGCCUACGAGGUCUUUGUUGGCCUUUCGUCCCCCGACGUAGUUUCGUACACGGCAAUGGUUUCGGGUUUCGCCAAGUCAGGCCGAGAAGCUGAAGCCGUCGAUCUCUUCUAUGAGAUGAGAAGUUCAGGUAUUGAGCCCAAUGAGUAUAGCUUUGUUGCGAUAUUGACAGCCUGCAUUCGUGUUGCUGAGUUGCAGUUGGGAUUUCAAGUUCAUGCCAUGGUUUUAAAAAUGGGUUACUUGAAUUGCACUUUUGUUUCAAAUGCACUUAUGGGUUUGUAUUGUACGUGUGGGUGUUUAGAUUUCGUGCUUGACUUGUUUGAUGAAAUGCACAAGAGGGAUAUUGCUUCGUGGAAUACUGUGAUAUCAAGCGUGGUGAAGGAGUUGAUGUAUCAGAGGGCAUUUGAAUUGUUCCGCAAUAUGCAACGAAGUGAUAGAUUAAAAGUUGACCGAUUUACACUUUCGAUUCUUCUGGCUGCCUCUGCUGGGACCUUUGCUUUAACGGAAGGCCAGGAAAUUCAUGCCCAUGCACUUAGAAUGGGUUUUGAGUCUGAUUUGAGUGUUAACAAUGCGCUUAUUGGAUUUUAUGCAAAAUGUGGCAGCAUAAAAGAUGUGAUAGCUUUGUUUGAGAGGAUGGCCAUGAAAGAUGUCAUUACUUGGACUGAAAUGAUAACAGCAUACAUGGACUUCGGGAUGGUGGAUUUUGCCAUGCAGAUAUUUGAUAAGAUGCCAGAGAGGAAUUGCGUUUCUUAUAAUGCUCUUUUAUCAGGAUUUUGUCACAAUGGUGAAGAGUCAAGGGCUUUGAAUUUGUUUCUUAGAAUGGUGGAAGAGGGCGUAGAGUUAACAGAUUUUACUUUGACUAGUGUGGUUAAAGCUUGUGGUUUGCUCAUGGAAGUGAGAAUUAGCCAGCAGAUUCAUGGCUUCAUUGUCAAAUUUGGUUUUGGUUUGAAUGACUGUAUUGAAGCUGCAUUGGUUGAUAUGUACACAAGGUGCGCAAGUAUGGUCGAUGCCCAUAAGCUGUUUGAUCAUUGGCCAUCUCAGUGGGACAGUUCAAUAAUUUGGGCAUCAAUGAUAUGUGGCUAUGCUCGGAAUGGGCAGCCAGAGGAAGCAAUUUCUCUUUUCUGUCAAAAGCUUUUUGAAGAAACCGUGGUUUUAGAUGAGGUUGCAUCAACUGCAACGCUUGGUGUUUGUGGAACUUUAGGAUUUCAGGAGAUGGGGGAGCAAAUCCACUGUCAUGCAGUUAAGUCUGGGUUCCUAUCUGAUUCAGGGAUAGGGAAUGCUAUUUUAAGCAUGUAUUCUAAGUGUGGGAACAUGGAUUCUGCUAUUAAGGUUUUCAAUUUUAUGCCCUCACAUGAUAUUGUCUCAUGGAAUGGUUUGAUUGCUGGCCACCUUUUGCACAGGUGGGGGGAUGAGGCUUUGGCUGUCUGGUCAAAGAUGGAGGAAGCAAAUAUAAGGCCAGACACUGUUACAUUUGUCUUGAUUAUUUCAGCUUACAAACACACUAAUGCAAAUUUAGUUGAUGAUUGUCGUAAACUGUUCCGCUCAAUGAAAACCAUGUAUGACAUUGAACCCACUUCAGAGCAUUAUGCAUCUUUAGUUGAUGUUUUAGGUUACUGGGGUCUCUUUGAAGAAGCAGAGGAAGUGAUAAAUAUGAUGCCUUUUGAGCCUGAGGUUUCUGUUUGGCGAGCUUUGCUUGAUACUUGUAGAAUCCAUUUAAAUACAGCCCUUGGAAAAUGGGCUGCAAAGUGCAUACUUGCUAUGGAACCACAGGAUCCAUCCACAUACAUACUUGUGUCAAAUCUGUAUUCUGCAUCUGGGAGAUGGCAUUGCUCUGAAAGAGUUAGGGAGGAAAUGAGAGAGAAAGGAUUACGGAAACACCCAGCCCGAAGCUGGAUCAUUCAUCAAAACUGGGUUCAUUCAUUCUAUUCAAGAGAUAAAUCCCAUUCUCAAUGGAUAGACAUCUACCGUGGUUUGGAAAUACUAAUUUUGGAAUGCCUAAAAGCUGGAUAUGUGCCAGAUACGAGUUUUGUUCUUCAUGAAGUGGAGGAGCAUCAGAAGAAGGAUUUCUUGUUCUAUCAUAGUGCAAAAUUAGCUGUAACCUAUGGUCUUUUGAUGACCAAGAGAGGGCAACCCAUUCGUGUCGUCAAGAACAUCCAUCUAUGUGGGGACUGCCAUACAUUUUUGAAGUAUGUUUCUGCUGUUACAAGGAGAGAGAUAUCUCUGAGGGAUGCUUCAGGGUUUCAUUGUUUUGUGAGUGGUCAGUGCUCAUGCAAUGAUCGCCGGUUACAGGUGGAGUAACUUGUAAUGGGUUUGAGCGGGACGGGUUUGUUCCUGAGAAACAGCUGGUAACAUUAGCUGGCAUGACCUGCACAUACCUGAGAUGGCUGUGAGGGAAGCCAUCAACUUUUCUGCACACCGUCAGGGUGUUGGAGGCUGAGCAGGUAAGACUAACUGCUUGGUUUAUUCAUGUAUGUGUUUCCUGCCUAGUUUUGCACAAGUAUUUAUCAGUAGUUGAACUUCAAUGUUGUUGAUAUUGAUGGGAAGAUAUUAUGAUGAAAGUCAGCAGAAGAGAGGCGAAGCAGGAAUUGUCCCAGAUCCUGACAUUGACACCCACAUGAAGGUAAUCAUAUCAAUCCACAAGCAGGGAUUUUUCAAACAUCCCAAAAUUAUGUUUGAGAAUCUUUUAACAGAUUGACAGUUUUAACAGGCAAUUCAGUCGAGAGACGAGAACAAGCUCUCCAGACUGAUUAUGUACUAAGGUUGUUUUGGGAGCGUGGAUUUCAGGUUUCGGAUUUGAAUGUGCAGAUUUAGACGUAAGUUAGUACAAUUUUGUGUUGCAUUUGAUCUUAAUCCAUAUAAAUCUAAAGCCAAGCGCCCAAACAUGAGGUAAAGGUAUUUUGUUUUUCCUAGAACUGGAUUAAUGUAUGCAGUGGGAGUGAUACAUUUUUGGGUAAUUAUUGCUUGUUUUCCACUUAUAAUGGACACACAUUCCCAGAUUCUUUCCAGUGGUUCUGGGAUGUUGCAGUUUAGUUUGCCAUUGGGUUGUAAUAACGGGUUGCUCUAAUUUGUAGCUCUCUUUGCUUCAUUUUUAUCAGAUUUUAUUAUUAUUUUCUGAUACGAUUAUAUAU